UGUGUCGGUUGGUGACUAUCGUAGAAAGAAUGAGUACGAAAACAGUAUAAUUAAUGUUGAAAGUGUACGUGCAAAAAGAUUUUUAUCAUUAUUUUUUAAUGUAAGGGGAAAAUGUCUAAAAAUAAAAUUGUAAUAAGAGGUGCUGUGAUAGACAGUAACAUAAUCGAAGUAAAGAGCAAAUUUGAUGCAGAAUUUCGAAGAUUUUCAAUUGAGAGACAUCAACAGGUGAAGUUCGAAGAUUUUAAGGGGCUACUCGAACGACUGUUUAAAAUUAAAGAUAUUUCAUUUCUGGUGUCGUACAUUGAUCCGAGCGAUCAAGAUUUAUUACCUAUUAAUAAUGACGACAACCUGCGAAGAGCGCUAAUUACUGCCAAACCGUUGCUGAGGGUUAUUAUUCAAAGGAAAGGAGACAUUUUCGAUGGACCAAACGGUUAUGGGACAAUUAAACCUCGUAAUCUCAUAUCGAGCAUUCUUGGGGGUACGCCGGGUAGGAAUAAAAAUUUAGCAAUUUCCAAUCCGCACGAUUUUCGACAGGUCUCGGCAAUUAUAGACGUCGACAUAGUACCGGAGACGUGUCGUAGAGUACGCCUCCUUAAGCACGGUUCGGAUAAACCGCUCGGUUUCUACAUAAGGGAUGGUACGAGCGUGCGCGUUACACAGAACGGUUUGGAGAAAAUUCCGGGUAUAUUUAUCUCGCGACUUGUACCGGGCGGGUUGGCGGAAUCGACCGGUCUGCUGGCGGUUAACGAUGAAGUAUUGGAGGUGAACGGUAUCGAAGUUUCUGGGAAGACGCUCGAUCAGGUGACCGAUAUGAUGGUGGCGAACUCAUCAAAUCUCAUAAUUACUGUCAAGCCUGCAAAUCAACGGACGGUGGCACCAGUGCGAAGAGGCAGUUUUAGUAGAAAUUCGCAAUUAUCCAGUGGAUCUCAACAGUCUGCCGGAACUGCACCUUCCGAUUCUGAAGACAAAUAUGACCAAGAUGAAAUUGUGGAUUUGACCGGUGUUACAUUAGAGGAAACAAUUACGAGAGACGAUGGUGUGCUUCAUUUGUAAACCUUCCCUAAUUUGACUACUUUAUUCUUCGCAAGCCAACAGUACUUACUAGAUAUGUUAUUGUUAUAGGCGAAUCGAUUUGAGAAACACUGAAAGUGAGUACUUUUUAUUUGGCUCAAAGAUAUAUACCUAAUGUAUUUAAGUACUUCGUAUUUUCUCUUCCAUACUCGAUCAAAAGUGUUUAUUUAUAUGUUGUUUUGUUAGUUGCGGGAUAGAUAAUUGCAGUAUUGUAUUAUUAAUUUUGAACGUACCAAGGUGUCAAUUUAUAUACCUACCAUUUUUUAUGCGUUGAAAUCUCGAUAAAUAUUAAGUCUGUACAUAUAUCAAUUCUAGCUGCAUGGAGGUAGAAUGGCUAUAUUUUAUUAUGUUUUACCUAAUAGUGUGUCUCUUUUUUGUUGGUAUGAUUGUGAAAGACUUCAAAUAACAAAUUAUCCGUCCGUUUGUGGCCUUUUUAGUACUUAUGCAAGUGAGGCAUUUCUUAAUGAUGAUCGACUGUUAUAUUUACAUUCCAUUUUUACAUACUAUACAAAUAUGGUUAGUCGCAUCACGUGUACUUAUUAAAAUGAUUAGAAAUAUAUAUUUCCAGUUAA